CUGUCACUUUGUUAGACUCACUCACCUAUUCGCAGUUCUUGUACCGCCUCCCUCAAUCCCAGGCAUCAUACUCAUUGCCAGACUAAAUUCUUAGUUGUCAACCAUCGUAAAUGGCGUCGAAGGAUGAUACGCAGGCAAAAGCGCCACCAGAAACCCGCAACGUUGUUCAAUUCCUCCGUAGCAGUAAAUCUGGCAUGAAAAUACGGGUCGGUGCGUUGAAUGGGAAACGUGUCGAUUACUUCAAAGGAAAAUCUGCAGUGAAGGCCCUCCUCUCGCCCGCCUAUGCAAAAGUAAAAAACGUACCCAAAGUCACUACGGAAGCCGAGGCCGAAGCUCUCCUCCAACAAUCCAUACCAUACGCUUUUUACCUCCGCGUAGAUCGCGGCGCACCUACAGGCUCAUCUAUAUCCCCGCGCCACGUCACUGUCGUUCAGCAACAACAAUUUGCCCAAGACGCGUACUUCGUCUGGCUUUACGAAGGUUCUCAAUGGACUACAUAUGCCGGAGGACUUUUAAUGGUCGCGCUUAUGCUUGCGGCCGUGAUGUUCCCGUUGUGGCCCCCAGUGAUGCGUUUGGGUGUGUGGUACCUGAGCAUUGCCAUGUUGGGUUUACUCGGCGCAUUCUUUGGGCUUGCGAUCAUACGGUUGAUAUUCUACAUAGUCACCGUAGUCAUAGCAAGCCCUGGAAUUUGGAUCUUCCCUCAAUUGUUCGCAGAUGUUGGUGUUAUCGAGUCAUUCGUUCCGUUGUGGGAAUGGGAUAUUCCAAAGAAGAAAGCUGGUAAGAAGAAGAAGGCAAAGGCUCCCGCUGGCGCGAGUCCUGAGGAACAGCUUGCUAAUAAUGGUGGGGCUUUUAUUGAGGAGGUCGGUGAUGAGUCCCCAGAGCAAUCGCGUCCAGGGAGUCGCUCGGCACGAGUCGAGGAGGUUCCAGAUGUGGAUUCGUAACAGGAUGAUUGCAUGUUUUUAGGUCGUGUUUAUUAUGCUUUCAGUGGAGCUGAUGGGCACGAAGGGACCCUUUGUACUCAUCAGGAGCUUUGUCUAGACUACACGCUUCUCACACUCAUUCCCUUGUCCCAGUUCAUCCAUUCACCAUGCAUAGUUCGCCUAUACUAGCAGCAAAUUGAGUGCAAUCACACAACACAAAUGAUAUCG